CCUCCAGACGGCGGAGGAGCCACACCACGUCGUGGCCUCGGGUGCCUCACGCUGCUGCUCUGGCUGUGGGUGUUGUGCACAGCCUGCAACAGGAAGCAGGCACGGAGGCAGCUGUCCAGGUUGCAGGGCAGUGCGAUGCCAGCAGAAGUGUCACUGCUAAGACGACCCCACCACUGCUCCCUCAGCAAGUCCGACACCAGGCUGCAUGAACUGCACCGCAGCCGGCCCUGUAGCAGAGCCCCACGGCCUGCCAGCAUGGAUCUCCUACGUCCACAGUACCUGGAGGCAUCCAGAGGCAUGACCAGGCCCCCGGCACCCUUCUCACACCAGGAGCUGCCCCUGGCUGCACCCUCCACUGGCCUGGAGGCCACCUAUUCCAACGUGGGGCUGGCAACAAUCCCCAGGGCUAGGCUGGCAGUUAGCUCUGGGGUGUGGGCAGGGGCACGGCUGACCAGCAGCUAUGCCAGGCCUGGGCCUGAGGCCAGACCUGUGGUAGCUGAGUAUGCUUGUGUCCAGAAGCUCAGGGGAACAGAUCGGGGCCCCCAAGGCCUGGGGCAGGGGAAGGUCGAGGCAACCCCAGCCACUCAGGUGGACAUCCUGUAUUCCAGGGUCAACAAACCUAAAAGGAGGGACCCAGGACCUGCCACAGACCAGCCAGACCCCAAAGGUGGGGGAGCAAUUUUGGCUCUGGGGAGUGACCCGGCCUAUGAGGUCCUCCCUCUUGGGGGCCUGGGUAUGGACAAGAGCCUCCUGGAAAAUGUGUAUGAGAGCAUCCAGGAGAUGGGAGCAACUCUGGAGCCCCCCAGCUCCAGCUCCUAUCAGGAAAGGACGUGUUCAGGGCACAGAGACACUUCGCUUCCAGUCUAAGCCUGGGGAGGGGUCUUUAUUGCCUCCCUGCCCUGAACACCCAGUUACAGGUGAUCCUUCCUCCAGAGUGGGCUGCGAACCCUCGUUUCCCCCACAGUCUCUCCCCUACACGCAACUGACAACACAAAUUCCAGACAGCAGCGCUGCCAGCCUGUGGGGUCCCCCGGAUCCUGACUGCCAUGUCCUCUGCAGGGCAGGGUCUCAAUAAAGCCCCAGAUCCCUAUA